AUGCAAAUUCGAGAGGAAAUGACCACCAUCACCGAUCGAGGUGCAGCUGGUGAACGUUCGAUGCCAGUGUCAUCGUUCAAACGAACGAUUCUGAUCACCGGCUCGACGGAUGGCAUCGGUAAACAGACGGCCACCGAUUUGGCCGCUCAUCCGGAUAAUCGAGUCAUUAUCCAUGGACGAAGUGAAGAAAAAUGCGAGAGUACUCGAGACCAAAUCGUCAAGGAGACCGGAAACCCAACAAAUGUCGACUAUAUUGCCGCUGAUUUGUCCGUUAUGAAAGAGGUUGCCCAUUUUGCCGACAAAGUGAAAAGCCGAUUUCCGGAAUUGAAUGUGCUAUUAUGCAAUGCCGGCGUGUUGAAUCCCCGACGAGCAGAGACAGUGGAUGGACUCGAAAUGACAUUCCAGGUGAACUAUUUGUCUCAUUUCAUCCUCUGCAAUCGCUUGGUUGAUGUACUGGAACGAAACAACCAUGGAAGGAUAGUGGUGGUCGGCAGUGUUCUACACAGCUGGACAGCUUUGGAUUGGUCGGACGUGAUGGCAAAGAAGGAUUAUGAGAAGUAUUUGGUGUAUUCCCGAUCCAAACUCUGCCUACAUUUGAUGGCGUUCGCUUUGCAUCGACGGAUGAACAUCGCCCGACGGAAUGUGGCAGUAAAUGUCGUGGAAUUGGGCAAGGAACGUGAACCGAACAACAACGGCAAAAUGCGCACGACAUCGGCUUUGUCAAGCUCAAUGUCCACACUUUCGAUGUGUCGGGCAGCAGGGAAUUUGGUGCAACUUAUUGAGAAUCCAGCAUUCGAAACACUUUCCGGUAAAUAUCUGGACUCAAUGGGCAAGCAAAUCAGUCGACAGCUGCGUCCACUACUUCAGCAGAACUCGCCAUCUCGGAUCAUCUUCGUUUCAAGCAUAUGCUAUGAUUGGUACCCACUCGAUUUUUCUGAUCUCCAAGCCACCAACUACGGCGACGCCUAUUUGCAGUAUUCACGUAGCAAACUGAUGAAUCAUAUGACAGCGUUCAGACUGGCUCGGGAAAAAUCCGACGGAGUAACGGUGAACGUUCUGGAACCGGGGGUAUGCGAAACGAAACUUCUCAAACGAGGUGGUUAUUCUGGUGGACCCGUGAAGGACGGAAGCGUGGCACCGGUGCAUCUUGUAAUGUCUGAGGAAGUGAAGAAUAUCACCGGCGGGUAUUUCAAUAACCGUGGAAAGAGGAUCACCUCAUUGAGUGCUGACUCGACGGAUGUCAAACAGCAGGAUCGCCUAUGGACGAUGAGUGAGGAGAUCUGUUCCAAGUUCGGCAUCACGUUUUGA